UCGAAUCAACGAGAUAAAAAAUAGGUUUACUUUAAUUAAGCAUAAUUUGUUUUCCAGUUCAUUCUUUUUCUCAUCACUGCAACCCUCAAUGCCACAUUUGUCAAAAGCUGUUGUUGGUUUUUGAACACAUUUUUCCCUUUCUUUCUAAAGUUUUCCCCAUCUUGCAAAUUAAUACAAGAAAGUGAAUGUUCUUAGCUUCUUAGGGAAAAAAAUUAUAGUUCUGAAUGCAGCCUCCUUCAGUACGGGCCUGUAAAAUUCAGCCUUGCAUCAAGAAUUGGAGGACAAAUUUUGGAUUCUACAUCUAGUAGAGAAUUUCCAAGAGUAGUUUUAAUUAAUUUGUUUAAUUAGAAUGGCGGCGAAAGAUGCAAAGAAUAGCAAGAUGGUGGUGAAGGACGCAAAUAAUGGCAAGAUGGUGGUGAAAGAUGCAAAUAACAACAAGAUGAAGGGCCUCUUGAAGGGCCUAAGAUACAUUUCUCAAAUUUUUGAUGAUAACAAAGACCAAGAAAUGCAGAUUGGGCUUCCUACAGAUGUAAAGCAUGUUGCUCAUAUAGGAUGGGAUGGCCCUUCAACUGCUAGUUCUCCAAGCUGGAUGAAUGAGUUUCAAGCUCCACCAGGAUUUCAACAGUCAGCACCUUUAGGCAAUGGAGAUAUGAAAGAAGAUUAUGGGGUCAAAUGGGUCUCUGAAGAUUUCAAGCCAGAAAAGUUCAAGGGGUGCUAG